CCUACCCUCUCUCUCGCGCCCUCUCUCUCGCGCGCCCUACCCUCUGGCUCUCUCUCGCGCCCUCUCUCUCUGGCCCUACCCUCUCUCUCGCGCCGUUUCUCUCUCGCGCCCUCUCUCUCUCUACCCUCGCCGGCCCCGCCCUCCCUCUCGCGCCCUCUCUUUGGCUUCGGCCUCUCUCUUGCGCCCAAUCUCUCGCUCGUUCCCUCCCUCUCUGGCCCACAGCGCAGGCCAGAGCCAGCCCCGGCGCCCGCCCUCCCUCUCUCUUGCGGCCUCUCUCUCGCUCGCUACCUCCCUCCCUGGCCCACAGCGCAGGGAGUAAGCAGAUCUGGGUUUUUCGUGUUAGCUUAUUGAGAAGAUGAUGAAAAAUAUUGAAAGUUAUUUAAAAAAAAAGUUAUUGAUCAGGAGGGACAAAACCAAGGGGAAUAAAAGCAGACGCAAAAACUGAUUGUGUUACAUAGAAAGAAUACAAAACUGCUUGUUUUAGUUGUUAAAACCUAGGGGCUUGGGAAAAGGAAGGGAAUCAAAGGGAGGGAGCGGAAGGAAAAGCAGUGAGUGACAAUGGCGAGCAAAGGUCAAGGAGUCAGUGUUCCCACGUACUCUCCAACAGUGAGUGCGAGAAAGAGUAGAGCAUCCCGAGACUCAAAAGAUGGAUUGCGGGUCGAUGGCCGUAACACCCAUCAAUGUAGACCAGCAUUUAUGAGAACGGGUGCAGUGAAUGCGGCAGUUGGUUCUGCUUAUGCUGAAUUUGGCAGCACAAAGGUCAUUGUUUCAGUAUUUGGUCCUAGAGAAAGUAAAAAAGCAAUGGCAUAUAGUGAUGUAGGGCGGCUGAAUUGUAGUGUAAGCUUCAUGACAUUCUCCACACAGAUUCGUGGACAGGGCUCAGAUGACAAAGAGAUGUCCUCGAUGCUUCAUAAAGCUUUGGAGGGUGCUAUAAUGUUGGAGACUUUUCCCAAGACAACUGUAGAUGUUUUUGCUUUGGUCAUGGAGUCUGGUGGCGGGGAUCUUCCUGUAAUUAUAUCAUGUGCAAGCCUUGCACUUGCUGAUGCUGGGAUAAUGAUGUUGGAUCUUGUAAUUUCUACCUCUGUGUCUUGCCAUGGCAAGGACCUUGUUAUUGACCCUACACUGGAAGAAGAGCGUUGUCAAGAUGGUGGAUUUAUGAUUUCUUUUAUGCCUUCACGUAAUGAGGUCACUCAGUUGACCAUAACAGGAGAGUGGUCAACUGCAAAAGUAGCUGAGGCAAUGGAGCUUUGCAUAGAUGCAUGUUUGAAGCUGGGAAAUGUCAUGAGAGAAUGCUUAAAAGCAGCAGCUACCUCUGUUUCCGAGUAGUGGGAGCUUCCUUUGCAAUUCUUGGUCUCCUCUGUUGCUGUCGCAUUUUUUAGGCCAUCAUUCUCCUUACAUUUGAUGGUUGGGAUCAUUCUUAGUCUUCUCACAUUUUAGGCAAACUGAUGCAGCAUAACCACUUGAACACGAGAGAGAGAGAGGGAGAGAGAUGAAAUGGCAAGAAAAUGCACGGCAUCUAAAAGACAGAUUCUUAGGAUUGCCCAUAUCACGGCUCCUGGUAGGGCCAUUGUUUCAAAUGAAUGUUAUAGCAAGAAACUGUACUCCAUCCAAGGGAGACUGUUCAA